AUGCCUUGUUUCUAUGUACUCUUCAAUGAGGACCUUCAUAAUAAACACAACCAGAUAAGUCAGACUAAAAUCCGUGUGGCUUCCACACUCCUCUUCAUCCUGGCUGGCUGCAUAUUGUUCGUCACCAUCCCAGCUGUGAUCUUCAAACACAUUGAGGGCUGGACAGCUCUGGAAUCAACAUAUUUUGUCGUCAUCACUCUGACAACAGUUGGAAUAGGUGACUAUGUAGCAGGGGGAGACCGGAGGAUUGAGUACCGGAAGUGGUACAGACCACUAGUAUGGUUCUGGAUCCUGGGUGGUCUGGCCUAUUUUGCUGCAGUGCUGAACAUGAUUGGUGACUGGCUGAGGGUGCUGUCUAAAAAGACAAAAGAAGAGGUUGGAGAGAUCAAGGCUCAUGCAGCAGAGUGGAAAGCAAAUGUGCGAGCAGAGUUCCGGGAAACUCGUCGGCGUAUGAGCGUUGAGGUCCAUGACAAGUUGCAGAGAGCCGCCACUAUCCGGAGCAUGGAGAGACGGCAACUGGGCCUAGACCAGAGGGCCGUGUCCCUGGACAUGCUUUCCCCAGAGCGACGUGCGAUGUUCAACAGCCUGGACACCAACAGCUAUAAUACCUCCUCCCAGGAGAGCAUUGAUACAAAGCUGAACAACCUUCGGCUGCGGGGAGCCGAGCAGUGCGACCGGCGCGCCAACCACCAGACCACGUCUGAGGACAACAUUUUCAACCGCUUGGGCUCUGUCACCAAGCUGGCCAAACGCAACAGGAAUCGGGAACUGAAGAAAAACAUACCAGGUGAGGCUCGGCGUCCGCACAGCGAGGCCUACGGCUGCAGUAUGCCCACUUUUGACUGUACCACACCCACUGCAGAUGAAGGGAAAAAGAAGGAUGAAGGAGAGGAUGACAAUGAAGAGAAGGAGUGCAACACUAGCUUGUCUGAUUUUCCACUGUUUGUGGAAGCUUGCAAGCCUCAAAAUGGGUUUAUUCCGGAGCAGACCAAAGAGAAUGAGAGUGAGAAAACACUUAAAGCAAAGGAUCUGCAUAUUCAGAUGACAUAGACAAUGUGUUCUUCUACAAAGGGAGGUUUUUAAUGCCACCAUUAGUGCCUUAGGGCUCCCUUAUUCCUGUGUGUGCUUAAGCAGGGACACUUUUUAAUAAUUUUAACAUAUUCACUGUGCCCUAUGGAUGUGAUUGACACAUAUUGUGUUGUAUGAAUGCAAACCCUGGUAUGGUUUCUUCAGUUGUUCUAUGCCUCAUGAUGGUCAUGUACAUCAUAAGAGAAGUUAUCAGCUCAUAGGAUAACUUGAGUCUUAUUUUUGCUGCCUUGGCCAUUAUUUCUCUGAGCGAAGAUAACAUUGUACUUAUUGAACUAAAAUAAUAACUGAGAUCCAGAUGCUUAAUAUCAAUGAGGUACAGGGGGAAAGCAAUUUGUUCCCUGACUACUUGUUCCACUGAAUUGUUGAAGGAUACAUCCUGCUUCUCCUCCUCUGCACAUCUAGCAGAUCUCCACAAUACAUGAGUGUCUGUUUGAAUCACUGAUUCACAUGUAUUUAAAAGAAUAAACCUACCAGUGUGAAGCUGUUGUUAAUUGAACAUACAUGUGUGAACACUUCCAACUCUGCACACACUGCAGAUAACUACCAUCUUGUCCAUUGUCCGUGUUCACAUUCAUUUUGGGUCUGGCCCAACAGAAAUUUGAGAAAUGCAGCCAUUCUAAAUAUUUUUCAAAAGUGUUAGCAUAUUGAAUUGGAAUGAGAUAUAGAGAUAGCAAUGCUUGAUCUUUCCCCCUAAUAGUCCUUAAGUGUCAGUUUUAUUGGAAAUAAGAUAAUUGAAGAUGUUUUACAUUAUGUCUGACAUGUGCACAUGGACUUGAUACUGUAACUCCAUGUGUGGCUGAAGUCAGAAUAUAAGUAUUACUCAAAAAUAAGCAAAGAAAUCACUGAAAGAAUUCUGCUGUAAAAUAAUAUAAUAGUAACAUGUGAGAGAUGUUUGAUUUAAAUGUAACACUAUGUGUUUGUUAUGGUGUUUUUCAUGUUGCUUAUCGAAACAAAAUGUGCAUUUAAAUGUGAAUGAAAAUGAUUCAGACCAUGCCCCAUGGUGUCUUUGCAUGCUCCCCAAGGUUGUGUCAGUACAGUGUCCAAAAAUGCUACGUAGACCAUGACCUCUUUGAACACUAUCUCAGGGCUUGUUAACCUAAUGUUUGUUGUUGACAUUGUCUAAAAAGUGCUGCAUUCAUACUUUGAAAGAAUGAGGGGACAAUGAUUGCACCUGUGCUCUAUUAAAAUUAGAAGAUAAGCGAUAAUGCAAGAGAAGGGACUGUUCCAUACUAGACAUGGACCCACCAAUUAUGUGAUGGAUGGGUUUGACAUUAUUUAGCGCACUGCUGUUACCGUGACUGUAUUGUGUCUUGUACUUGAUUUAAGCAUAUCAAAAAACUGCUGAAAAACAUUGAAGUAUGAAUCACCUGUAAGUUCCUGAAUAGACAUUUUUGAGCUUGGUUUUGGGUUUACCCCUCAUCCACAACCUGGAAAAUCCAAGUUUUUAUAAAACAUAAGGAGCCUGGACGGACCUUAGUUGAGACAAGCUGACAUGCUUGACAGGCUGAGACAACUGUCGGAUCAAGCAAACAUGUUCCAAAACACCUUAUUACCUCUUUAGUGGAUUCUAAAACUCACACUGAUGACGCACAUAAGAAGAAAAAUUUGCUCUUCAUAUCAAACUUGUGAAUGUGAAAAAAUGUAUCCUUGCAGAAAUGUUGGGACUUUUUGAAUGGAGUGUAGUGUUAUUGCAUCAUAAGGCACUUCUGCAUCAGUUGCAGCUUUCAGCCAUGGUGUUUGCUGCCUGAGCGUACAAUACGAUUCCCACAAAGUACAUUUUCAUGUUCGCCAUUCACCAUUGCUGGAAAUGAUACCACAUGCAUAAAAAAUGGAACCUGUGCCACUGAUUGUAUUACAGUGAUAUGAUGCUCACAUUGUCAUUUUCACAUAUAUUUCCAAGCCUAAUGAGUACUUUAGUACUCACUAUAUGUGUAUGCACUGUCUGUCUGAUCCUAGUGUUCACAUUACUAGGUAAAGCUCUAGGUUAGUGUGAAUGCAGCUGAAGCAAGGACUACAUGUGCUUAAAAAAUGCUUCUAAGAACUACAAAAAUGUCAAAGCAUAAAAAGAAAACCAAGACAUAGAUCAAAAAAGGCAUGUAAAACUAUAUUGCAAUGUAUAUGGUGUUGAUUGUAUGCCGCUUACCAUGUUUUUUUUUAACUGCCUGUGUUAAGACUCACAAGCAGCACAUGCUCUGUACUUGGACUUUGCUCCCAAUGUGUCUUGUGCAAACAUUACAUUAAAUAUAUUGAUUGCCUUUUGGAAAUAGAAAUCACAGAA